AUGAAUAUAUUAAUAUUAUUGAUUUUAUAGCCAUGUCUUAUGAUAUAAUUGUUGGAUGGACUAAUGAUAGUGGAAUAUCAAUUUGUUGACUAUAACAAUAUUUAAUUUACUUUAACUUGCAAAACAUAAUUCUGGUGUUUAAUUGGAUUUGGUUCUACAUAUUCAAAUGCUGAUAUUAUAAGGAUGUCUAAUGUUAAUGGACUUUUAAAAAUUGAAGAUACUCUAGAGCAAAAUAAGAUUUCUUUUACUUCUCCUAAUGUAGACUCUUAGCAAGACAUAUAUAUUUUAGAUGGGUUAAUAAAUGAUACAUAUUUAUAUUCUUCAUUUCUAAAAUCCACAAAUUCAGACGAUCCUACAGAUGAAUUAAUAGAUCCAUAUUCUAAUGUUGAGAUGUUUUAUGCCAUAAAUGAGAAAAAUAUAGAUUUUGAAACUUAUACCUAAUAUGGUAGAUUCUAACUUCAAACUUACUAAUGUCAUUAUACAUGUGCUACAUGUAAUGGACCAUUUGCUUAUUAAUGCACUAUGUGUAAUGAAAAAAGUAUUCAAGUUUUGAAUGGUUAUUGCAAUACUAAUAAUUACAAUAAUGUAACUAAAUUGCUAAAUAAAUAAAUUUUAAUAAAGGAUGAGUUUAAUUUAGAGUGGGAAUAUGAUAAAAAUGAUAAUAUUAUCUUAUAAAUAGAGAUAUCGUUAUGUGAUUGGUUUGGAUUGGGAUUUAAUAACGAUAAGUAAGUAUUAUAUUUUAAUAUAGAAUGGAAAAUACUGAUAUGCUUCUUAUUAAAAUAGAAACAGUUAUUAUAAACAAUGAAAAAGGAUAUUAUGUAUAAAUUGAUGAUAUGUUUGGAACCAAAAAUACAGCCCCCUUAUCAGAUACUUAAUUAUAUGGAACAUAAGAUUGGAUUUUAGAUGGUUUUGUGUAUUAUAAUUCUACAGAAUUAUUUGUCAUUAGAGUUCAUCGAAAAUUGUUGACUUCUGAUAAAUAUGAUUUUGAUUUUUCAUAAAAAAAAGACACCUUAUGUAUUUAUGCAUUUGGUCGAAAUGGACAAUAAUACCAUAGUGCUAAUAGAGGUGCUUUUCAAUUUGAAUUGUCUAAGAAUAAACAAUCCUAUCAAGAAGAUUAUUGGGACAAAUUAGUUCUUAAUGGACAUGUUAUACUCAUGUUAUUAUUUUGGUCAUUUAUUUCUGAUAUUGGUAUAUUUUAUGGAAGGCAAUUAAAAAGUUAUCCUAAGUAUGUUAGAGUUCAUGGCAUGAUAUUUUUAUUUUUAUCUAUAGUAACCUACUUUUUUGUAUUUGGGAUGAUCUCAUAAUAAUAAAAAAGAAUAUAAUAAUUAGGAUAUUAAGAUACUAAAAUAAUUCUUCACUUUAUUCUUGGAGUUGUUAUUUUAUUAAUAAUGACAACAUAAAUAUUUUUAGGGUUACUUGCUAGAAAUAAUUUAGAAUCUAAUAAUGGAACAUAUUUAAUUUAUAAAGUGAAAUACAUUCAUAAAUAUUUUGGUUAUUUAUUGUAUAUAAUUACAAAAGUAUAAGUAAUAAUUGGAAUUAGUAUAUAUGAUUCAGCAUAUAUUGGACUAUUCAUAAUCUAUUAUGUAUUAUUGUUUUUAAUAAAAUUCACCAUAGAAAUGCUUUAUUAUUAUUAAGUAUCUGCAAUAUCACGAAAGAGAAUUAAAUACAGUUAAAUUGAAUAAGAUCAAUAAACUCUUUAUGAAAGUAUAAUUGAAAAACUGAAUACUGGUACUCCAUAUUAAGAAAUGAUUGAAGAUUAUCCUAAAAUUACUUACAUUAUUCUUAGGGAAGCAGUAUAUGAUGUCAGUGAUUUUAAUCAUCCAGGUGGAUAAUAUAUUUUUAGGAAGAUCAAAGGUCGAGAAGUUGGACGUUAUUUCUAUGGAUCAUAUCCAAUUAAAGAUACUUAAUUACAUAAACAUUCUCUUUUUGCAAUUAAUUAUAUAGAAACUCGUUAUUUAGGUGAUUUUAAAAAUGAAUCAUGUCCAAUACUCUAUACUGUCACAGAUUUUAAGAAGCCAUCUCAUGUUUGGACACUAUAAGAAAUUAAAUCUAUGGGAACUAAUGUGUCUCUCUUUAAAUUUAUUAAUUAAGAUUUUAAAGUAAAUUAAACAAUAUAAGGAGUAUAAUGGUUUGGUAGAUAUUUCUAUAUUAAACCUUAUGGUAUAGGAAUAGAUUUCUAAGAAAGACCUUAUACAGUAGUUUCAUGUUUAAGUGAAAUGAAUAUUAAAUAUAGGUAUGAAUUAAUAGAGUAUUUCAAAUAAAAGGAUUGGACUAAACCAUUACCUUAAUAGCCACAAUUAUCAAACGUUUUAUAAUUUGUGAUUAAAAAAUAUAAUGGCUAAAAAAACUUAAGCAAAUUCAUUCAUACUGCUUCUCAUAAGAGAUUUGAAAUUACAGGACCUUAUGGUUUUGGAUUAGAAUUAGAUGAUCAUAGUUCUGGAGUGCAUUAUGUAUUUUGUUAAGGUACUGGUGUUUUGCCAUUUUUGGAUCUUUGUGAUUAUCUCCUUAGAAAAGCCAUAUUUUCAAUUAUGUAUUAAGAUGGAUUACCAAUUCAAUAAUAAUAUAAUUAAUUAGAUAAAUUUAAAUUAAUAUUGAAUGUAUCAUCAAAAACUUAAAUUUUGGGUUAUCCUAUAUUACAAGAUUUAGAAUAUUUAAAUAAUUAAUUCAAUUUAAAUUUAUUCGAAUUCAAUAUAAUUAAAUAGCAUUAUACUAAAAGAGAUUUGUAAGAUAGAUUAAAAUAUCAGGCUGCAAAAGUAUAUGUAUGUGGAUUCCAAUAAUUUGAAGAUGAUUUAAUAGAAUUGCUAUAACAAUGUGGAGUAGAUUCUAGAAAUAUAGUAUAAAUAUGA